GCGCGCCCGUUUUGAAGCUGCCCUGAGUUGGGCGGGUCCCCCCGCGGUCUGACCGCCCGCCUCAGCCGGGACCCCGAGUCCGCGCAGCCCCCCGGGGUGGGGCUCCGCCUCAUCCCUGACCUCCUGAACCCCGGGCCGGCGACCCCCGCCUGGCCGGGUCUCCUCUUCCCCGAACCUCAGGCCCGCGACCCCCACCGAGCCUUGCGCCGCCUCACCCCUGACCUCCUGAACCUCGGGCCUGCGAAACCUACCGGGCCGGACCAGUUCCUCCCCGAACCCGGGGCUCGCGGUCCCCGCCGGGUCCCUGCCUCCUCACCAGACCCCAGGACCCCCACCGGGCCGGGCCUCCUCUUCCCCGAACCUUGGGCUCGCGACCCUCGCCGGGCCAGACUGUCUCCUCAUCAGACCCCGGGACCCCAUCCGGGCCGGGCGCCGCCUCAUCCCGGACCCCAGGACCCCAGGCCCGCGACCCCCACCAGGCCGGGCCUCCUCUUCCCCGAACCCCGGGCCCGCGACCCCCGCCGGGUCGCUGCCUCCUCCCUAGACCCCGGGAGCCUCCCGGCCAGGUUCCCGCCUCUUGCCCCGGGGCCCUUGACCCCCCACUGGCUCGUGCCCUCAGGGGCUGGUAGGCGACCCCGUGUGUGGUCCAUUCAGGCCGGACGUGGGUCCCGGCUCCAGGCACCUGUGCGCGAGGAAGGAGGGGGUGGGGGCGUCCCUCGGGAAGGAGGGCCCGAGCCCCGGAGAUGCCGCCCGGCAAGGUCCUGCAGCCGGUCCUGAAGAUGAAGGUGGACGAGCUCUUCCUCUGCUGGCUCAGUGAGUCCAGCACGCAGGCGAUGCUCCGGGACUGCUUGCGGAGGAUCCAGACGCCCGCGAUGCCUGAGAGGGGCGCGGGAGACGCGGAGCAGCCGGGGCCCUGGCUCGCAGCCGCCGCCCCCGACCCUGCCUGGAGGCCGCACGAGUGCGAAGGUCCCGGGGCGCCCGGCCCUACCCCCGCGUCCACCGCGCUUCCCGUGGGAGCCGCCUCCAGUGCCCGGAGUGGGCCGCCGAUUCGAGGGCCUCGACGAUCCGGAGGGGCGAGAGUAGUCCAGACGAGGAAGGAGGAGCCCCUGCCGCCCGCCGCAAGCCGGAGCAUCCCUACCUUCUACUUCCCCCGCGGCCGCCCGCAGGACACGGUGAACAUAGACACCGUCAUCACCAAGAUCGAGAGGACCUUCGCCCAGUUCCCGCACGAGAGGGCCACCAUGGAAGACAUGGGCCGUGUGGCCAAGGCCUGUGGCUGCCCACUCUACUGGAAGGGACCGCUCUUCUGCAGUGCUGGCGGGGAGCGCACCGGCUCCGUGUCUGUCCACAAGUUCGUCGCCAUGUGGAGAAAGGUCUUGCAGAACUGUCACGACGACGCCGCCAAGUUCGUGCACCUGCUCGUGAGCCCCGGCUGCAGCUACCUGGUGCAGGAGGACUUCGUGCCCUUCCUGCAGGAUGUGGUGAACACGCACCCCGGCCUGGCGUUCCUGAAGGAGGCGGGCCGAGUUCCAUUCCCGCUACAUCACCACGGUCAGACGGGGCGCAGGUCCCAGCAGGUGAGGGGCAUGUCCAGAGACCCUGCGGCCUGCCGCCCUGGGCAGCAGGGCUUCAGGGGUUCAGAGCAUCCGGCGAGGGCGCUCAGCGUGCGGCAUGGGCCCCGCCUGGGGACACGGAACCGCAGCCCAGGCCCCGCACCUGCCCUGGGCCGGGGUCACCUGGGGCAACCACACCUGGGGGAAGGGCUCUCACCCACACACACGGCCUGGCUCUGGGUGCAG